AUGGGCUCCAUUGACAAGAAGGCACGAGUCCUGCUCGUAGGCAGUGGAGGUGUUGGCACAAUGGCUUCAUAUGCCCUUGAGACCGGUGGCAAAGCAGAAGUCACAGCAAUCUGCCGGUCAAACUACGAAGCAGCAACCAAGAACGGCUUCACAAUCGACUCCUUGGAACACGGCCAUGACAUCCAAGGCUUCAAGCCGACACACAUCCUCACCAAAGUCCCAAACGUCCAAGAAGAAAGUCUGGAACCAUUCGAAUAUGUAGUUGUGACAACCAAGAACGUUCCAGACAUCAGCCCGACCGUCCUGGACAUCAUCACACCAGCAGUAACCCCUGGGGUGACAUCCAUCAUCCUCCUCCAGAACGGCUUGAACAUCGAAAAGCCCAUCAUCGAGCGCUUCCCAGAUAACGUGGUCAUAUCUGGCGUCUCCCUCAUCCAAGCAGCCGAAACGUCCCACGGCGUUAUCCUUCACGACGACAAAGACAUCACCAAACUCGGACCCUUCCCUAACCAAAAAUUCAGCCCCGAGCGAGCCGAGAAGGCUACAAGAAGAUUCCUCGACUUGUACAUGGCAUGCGGCAAAGUAACCUGGACCUACGACGAGGACGUGAAAUUCACGCGCUGGAGGAAGCUGGUGUACAACACUUCCUACAACUCCGUCUCGGCAAUCCUGGCAAUGGACACGAUGCGGAUGCGCAUGUCGCAGCAUGUGAUUGAUGAUCUGAUCAGGCCUGCAAUGCUGGAGAUUCUGGCGACCGCGAGGGCUGUGGGUGUGGAGUUGCCGGGGGAUGUGCCUGAGAUCUUGAUCCGGUGUGAUCCGGUUGAUGCGCCGUUUGUGCCGAGUAUGGGGCAGGAUGCGUUGAAGGGAAAUUAUAUCGAGAUGGAGAAUAUUGUCGGCGAGCCGCUGCGGGAAGCUGAGAAGGUUGGAGUGCAAGCGCCUGUGCUUAAGACUAUAUAUGGGUUUUUGCGGGCUAUACAGCUGAAGACGAAGGAGAGGAAGGGGGCUUGGCAGCCGAAGUGGGAGGAGGGUAAUCCAUAUUAUGAGUAG